AUGGCUGCGUAUCAAGAUCAUCUUUCCCAAAAUUUUGGCAACAUGGGCCUGGGACCCAACAACGGCCAAUACCCCCCUCCGCAACAAGGUUACGGAUACCAGCAGCAGCCGCCGCCCUCACAAUACAGCUCUCCGCCGCCACAGGACCAGUAUGGUUCGCCGCCGCCCGCACCGCCGUACCAGCCGCCCCAGGACAAGCCUCCAAUCCCGCGUGACUGGCGGCCCUUUUUCGACAACCAGAACCAACGCUGGUACUACGUCAAUGAGUCGACGCGCGAGACGCAGUGGGAGGCUCCCGGCUACUAUGCACCCUCUGAGCCAGGCAGUGAUAACCGUGGCUACGAUACGCCUCAGCCGCAACAGCAGCAGUACGGCCAGUACGGUGCGCCGCCAGGCCCCCCUCCUGGCAAUACCAAGGGCAGCGGGGGCGGAAUGGGGAUGGCCGGCGGCCUAGCCGUGGGCGCUGUCGCAGGCUUAGCCGCCGGUGCCGCCGGCUCGUAUCUCUUUGGUAAGGCGGAAGAUGCGAUCGAGGACAAGGUGGACAGUGUUGAGGGCCGGCUCGACCGGCUCGAGAAUAGGACCGAAGACAGGGUCGAGGAGAGAGUGGAGAGAACCGAGGAUCGCUGGGAGGAAGCGGCUUAUGUGCCUGCAGUCCUGCCCGCUCACGACAUUGAUGGCGACUCGGUGUCGUCGAGCGACCGGGAAGAGGUUGAGGAAGCGAGAGAGCGGUACGAAGAGGCUCUGCGUGACGCAGCUAGCUCAUCGGCGAGCAGCAGUGACCAGGAGGAGCUGGAGGAGGCGCGGGAGGAGUACGAGGAGGCGUACGAGGAGACCUAUGGUGACGAUGACUACUAG